AUGGAGACUUUUAUGCUAUUGAAAUGGCUUAUUAACUCAUUAGGCACAGUGAAUUUCGGGUACAAAAAAUCAUCAUCGUCGAUGAAUGAUAAGACUCACGAGAUAAGUUUUUACUCAAUGCAUGAUGAUGAAGAGAAGAAAUUCAACAAGGUCACAGCGAAAUCAUCAGGUUUUCAAAUGCCACUUCACUAUCCUCGUUACAAGAAGUCAGAUUAUGAGAAAAUGGAAGAAUGGAAGGUUGAUAUGGUUCUAAGAGAAUAUGGUCUUGACAGUUUUAAGGGUACCCUUGAUGAGAAAAAGGAAUUUGCUAUGGGUACUUUCUUGUGGCCUGAUCAGCUCUAA